AUGUCGGACGUCCGGUCCAAGAACCCGUACGAGCUUCUUGGCAAUGACCCGGAGCUCGAUCCCAACAGAGAGCCAGAACCUCCAGUGAAGGUCAUCGACAAGAACCCCCCUCGCCGUGGAAAGCGUGAUGGGCCAAAUGAGCCUCGCGAAACCACGGCUCCUCGUGCCAACAACCGUGGACCCAGACUCCCAGCAAACGAGCAAGCAUUCCGUGACCGCAAUGCCGGAGCUCAGAGCAACCGCAACAGGCCCACCGAUGGUCCUGACGACCGGGCUCCUCCAGCUGCCCACAAGAACCGUGACGCCCGCGGUAACAUGAUCCGCGACGACCGUCACUCUCGCACUGACAGAGUUGUCACAGAUAAGCAAGUCGAGCAGGGCUGGGGAUCCCGCUCUGGUGAAUCCGCCCUCAAGGAUGAGCGUGCCGGAGAAGCCAUUGCCCGUGGCGAUGAAAAGGACGCCGCUGAGGCCGGUGCUGAAGAGCCAGAGGAAGUGCCAGAAGACAAGAGCAAAUCAUAUGCCGACUACCUUGCAGAGCAAGCCGAGGCUAAGCUCGAGCUCAGCGCAAAGGAAUCCCGCAAGGCCAACGAAGGCACCAAGGUCGACAAGAAAUGGGCUAACGCCAAGGAGCUCAAGCGCACCGAUGAGGAGGAAGAAGCCUACAUCAAGGGCCAGAGCAAGGAGGACAAGGCCAAGCGAGAGCGUCAACGCAAGGAGAAGAACGUCCUCGAAGUCGACAUGCGCUUCGUCGAAGCUCCCCGCCGCGGCGGUGAUUCCUUCCGUGGCCGCGGCCGUGGUGGCGAUCGUGGUGACCGUGGCGGUGAACGCGGUGGCCGUGGUGGCCGUGGAGGACGUGGUGAGUUCCGUGGUGGUCGUGGCAACGGUCGCGGCACUGGAGCUCCUCGCGGUGGUCCUCCCCACGCCGCCAACGCUGGCCCUACCGUCGACGAGAAGAACUUCCCUUCUCUCGGAGGCAAAUAA